UUCUUGUAUCAUAAAUUCUGUGUGAGUGUAAAGUGAAGGUGAGUUCCAUUCAUACUCAAAUCUUAUUCUCUAUGAAGCUUCUUUGCAUCUACAAGCAUCCACCAUCAUCACUUUUCACAUCAGUUUCUAAACCAUUAUUAAAUAAUCAUAAAUCCAUAUUCAAAGAGAGAAAACUCAUCAAAAACCCUUCUUCAUUUUCUUCAUGUUGCAUAGUUCAUGCACUGAAAGAAGAUUCAACGCAAUAUGAGAUAGAUCCAGAGAAGGCCAAAGAAGCCCUCAAAGAGCUUGACCAGAAAAUCCAAUCCAUCUCUAAUAAACAAGUUUCCUCUCCAAAACUCAAGGUUUCGGAUUUUAAACCUACGAGAGAGGAAAUGAUAAGUGAGAAUGGUAAGCUGGAAAUUUCAGAGUCGUCUCUUGCAUUUGGAGCUGGUGGACUUGUUCUACUUACUAUAUUGUAUAAUGUACUGUUUAUUACUGUAAUUAAGCCAUCUAUUGAUGGUCCAUAACAUAUAUCUAGGAGCAGUGUUUGACAUUAAUAUAUGUGACAUCAAGAUAUAAUGUUCUCAUGACCA